UGACAGAGCGGAGCUGUCGCGCACAGGAUGACGGGAGCCGGCCGUAUCCUAGCAACCGAGGACGCGCCGAGAAGUCAAAGAACUGAAGCCUCCGCUGAUACAGAACCUUCUCCACCAAGAGCGAUCCAACAUGCCUGCAGGGAGGAGGGGGAAGGAGGACACACCGCCCAUCCUGGCCGCCAUCCUCAGGAGGAAUGUCAGCACUCCCCUCCAUGGAGCUACACAGGAGGACGUAUCUUCAGCAUUACAAAGUCUACAAACGGUGAGACUGGACAGAGAAGGGAUCACAAAACUGACCAAUCUGGAGGCUGUAGACAAGGCGCACAGCCUGUACUUGCAAGAGAAUCAAAUAAAGACGAUUGAAAAUGUAGGCGUCCUCCAGAAUAUGCAGUUCCUUAAUCUUUCUGGGAACAGGAUUGAGAAAAUUCAAAAUCUCCGCUCCUUGCAGAACCUGCAGGUCUUGGAUCUAUCUAAUAAUUUGAUUCAGAAACUAAAUGCUGGAGAAUUACCCCAGAAGCUUCUCAUCUUAGAUGUGUCUGGAAAUCCAUGUACAAAGACAAAAGGCUACAGACAGCAAGUACUAGACGCCUUGCCCCUCCUGCAAGAACUAGAUGGAGUAACUGUAAGAGCCCCAAGCAGCCAGAAGUCUGGCAGCGAAGAAGAAAAAGAUGGCAGUGACAACGAUGAGCCCAGCCUGCUGUCUGAAGAUUCAGACAGUCUCUCAUCUCUGACUCAGGACAUGCUGCAAAGGUCUCAUCAGAGGAGGCAGAGGGCACUAAGAGAACACGAGGAUCGUCUGGCAGAACUGAAUGAGAACAGAGAUGGCCAAUCCUUUUUUUCACACCAGCAGUUGUGCAGUGCUGAGCUGCCUGGAACCUCUCAUCUUAAUAUAGACUCACAGGACAAAACCUCUUUGCAAACCAAAAACACCGGUAAACCUAACAAGGACCAUCGGGAUGUCUCUCUACUUGAAAAGAAUACCAAAGAUCUCCCUAAGGUUGGCAAAGUUGUAUCUAAGAAACAGACAGCCGCUUCUGCUAGUACUGAAAAAAGAACUAACCUAAUUAAAACGGCACCAGCAUCUAACACACAAACAACAUUUGAGAAAACGAGUAGGCGUUCUGCAGAAAUAACACGAGGUACAACCUCUUGUAACCUGAAAGAAAGGCAGACUACGCAGAAAAUAACACGGCACACCUCAGAGAAGACAACAGCUCCCGGUAGAUCAGCCAUGAGCGCUCCAAAUCAGAAACGGGCAGUCUCUUCAAAGAGGUUGUAGACUGGUUGGUCUCUGUAGAGACUGAAGUUUUUUUUCUCAAAGUAAAUAUCUGCAUGCUAUGAGAAAUAAACACCAUGCUUUCCAGAA